AUGGCUGUGCAGUCCCGGCGCCCUCUAUCCAACUUGGACUCCAACGUCAGUGCCAACCAACCCAAAACCAAGCAAUACUCCGCUUCGACCCUGCCUCCUCGACCGUCCCUCCCAGAGCAUGCGCGGUGGGCCAAGGUCCUGGCCAGAAGCCCCAUGGUGAGCGUGAAGGAGGCCAUGAUCCGCGCUCUAGUCCUCAAGAGGGCACCGACCGAAUCCUCGAUAUCCUACUUGGACGCCUCGAGCAUCCGCGACGCACGCAGCACAUAUCUCAAGGAAUCGUGCCAAGCAUGGAACAGCAUUACACGGUCACUCUACAACACCCGGCUGGCGAUUCUGCAGCGUGGCCAAAGAGCUCACGACUCCUACGUCACUGCCAUUCUCAUUGCCUUGGCACAGCAUCAGUGUCGCUCGGCCCCGCACAAGUCAAUUCACCGAGUUCACGUGCUGCUCAGUGAUAUCGACAACAAGUCCCGAAUGACAAUCUACACGGCCGAAAUUCCGAAUUCAUUCCUCGACAAGCUCGCACAUCCUCGCCGUCCUCCACCCCCCUUCGCCGAGUUCCAGGUUCAUGCCAGGACAGUCGAAUACGAACCAUACGCAACAUUCCAGCAGCGUCUUUCCCAAGCCUUGAUCCCCUGCGGGCCGAAACGAGCGCGCGAUCCGGACUACGACGAUGACGAUGACGAGCAUCAUGCCCAGAAGCGACGAUGCGCUGAUAAUGGAUGA